GGGGUCUUGUAGAAGUUUCCCUAAGUUUGCAUCUCCAUGGCAACUCGUUUGAACAUCUCCUCUGCCGCGGACUUUGGCCCUUCUCGACCAUCACCGCUGCCCCAAAAUAUCAAUAUGUGGGUUGCGGUGGCCCGCAAACGCCAGGGCUGUCGCUCGUGCGAGCUGAAAACAGACAAAAAGCCGCAUCGCUGCUCCUUCCGCUUCCUCGACCUCCCAGCAGAAAUCCGAAACCGCAUCUACAGCUACUACUUCGCCGCCUCUGACACGAAACCACAAUACAAUCUCGUCAACUACCGCGACCCACCGAUCACUCUAGCUUGCAAGCAGCUCCGCCGCGAGUCACUACCAAUCUUCUUCAGCGAAUGCACAUUCUUGCUCACCAUUGGCGCCAACUACUUCGAGCCAGAACGCAAAGCCGAAGCUGGAAGACUCUGCCUCCUCAAUCGAGUUUCUAGCCGCUUGAUCGCUCUCGGAGACAACAAUGUCUUGUUCCGGAACUUGCACAUUCGAGUCACUAUGUUGUGUUUUGCGAGUACGAUGAGACGGGAGUUGGUGUAUCCGAAGUAUAUGGAGCGUUAUCUGAUUGCUUGGAUCACUUUGCAGACGCAUCCGAAGCUGAAGUUUGGGGUUAAGCGCGGAAUGGGGUAUCCGAAGGUUGGACUGAGUGGUGUGUUGGAUCGGUAUGCGGAGCAGAUUGAGUCGACGUUGGAAGCUGCGAAGAGUGCUGCGUUGGAGUUGCGUGGACGAGAGGGGUUCAAGGGCUUUUCUUUGGUCGAUCUUGCCACCAUCGCCCAGGCUUUCUCUGUUUCUUGAUGGUAUGCUUCAUUUUCUUGUCGUCAUCGACUGAACAAUGCUAAUAGUUUCUCAACAGACCUCUACUUUCGGCGCUACAAGACACGACGACAUGCUGGAGACAGGGAUAGACAAAUGUGCGUGUGUGGCUCCUUCAUCUCAGCACGGAUGUGGAAGAAGACGCUUUGGUCGAGAUGAAAUAGAACUGCACAUGAGCAGUGGAUGGUUGAUGUCGGGAAUGGCAGCGGAGAAAUGGGGGAUGUAAUUGGUGCGGAGACGUGUCCGCUGCACAGACUGGCAGGUCAGGAAGGGUUUGGCG